UAUCUAUCUAUCUUAGACGUAAUAUGAAGUUCUAAGGAACAUUGCACUCUGUCAAAAAACCUAAAUUCGUCUUGAUUCAAAACUCAACAUAACACAUUUCCCCACAACACAAUUCUUUAUAUUUGCAUGUUUACACACACUAACGAAAUUCAUUCAUAAGCAUGGAGUUCCGCGCAAAACGGGUUAGUACUCCGUCGAUUUUAUAAGGAAAAUGAUCGUAAUAUUGUUGUUCGUUUGCGCAUGCGUGGCCGGGCAAGAAAACGACAUUCUAGCAGUGCGCAAUGCAUCUGGACCCAUCAGGACCUCUCCUCCAGUGGUUUUUCGAGGGUCCUGGAUGACCACGCGGCGUGGGAGACAGAUUGAAGCCUACCGCGGCAUCAGAUACGCCGAGCCACCCGUAGGAGAGCUGAGGUUCCAGCCUCCAAAACCGAUCCUGACGUACGAAGGCAUCGUGGACGCUGUUGUUGAUGGACCAGCAUGCCCUCAGCCCUCGACUGAAUAUCCAAUGAGCGAAGACUGCCUCACUGUCAACGUGUAUACACCAGAUAGCAAGAAUGCGACGCUGCGACCAGUGAUUGUUUACAUCCACGGCGGUGGUCUCCACUCCUUGAGCGGUCGAAGUGAGCACGCCGGCCCUCACUACCUGCUUGAUCAGGAUGUCGUGCUCGUCACCAUGAACUAUAGACUUGGAAUUUUGGGAUUCCUGGCACUGGGCACGAAACUCGCUCCAGGAAACAACGGGUACAAGGAUCAGGUGACGGCGCUGCGCUGGAUAAGGAGAAACAUCGCCACGUUUGGAGGAGACCCCGACCGCGUCACCAUCACCGGCAGCGGCGCCGGAGCAGCCAGCGUCAUGCUACACAUGAUCUCUCCCAUGUCUAAAGAUCUCUUCCACCAAGCAAUAUCAAUGAGCGGAUCUCCAAUAGACAAGAAACGUAGCCUAUCACAUCCUAAAGAGCUGACCGACGAGCAAGCGAGGAUGGUAGGAUGUCCCCUCAACGAUAUAAGGCUCUACGACUGUCUGAAGACCAAACCUUCCGAAAUACUUGGUGGGACUUUGAAGGAAUCCCUUGUAAAUAUGGAGUUCGACUAUGAUCCCGGUGACCUGUGGUCAGCGGUGGUGGAAUCAGACUUCGGCCAGGAGCGGUUUCUGACUGAAGAACCCAUAGAUGCUAUCAGAGCAGGCAAAAUGCAUGCAGUUCCUUUUAUCAUUGGCUUGACAAGGAACGAGUUCUUUUGGAAAGCGUUCACUGUAAUGCGCAACGCUACACUAUUCAACAAGAUGAAGCAACAUAUGGAAUCGAUGGCUUCCACGUUCAUGCUUUCAAAUAUGAACGCUUCAGAUACCACCACGUUAGUGGACAGGCUUAACAUGAUGUACUUUAGGAAAAAAGAGUUGAUGAACAACACAUUCUUUGCUGAAGCUUUGGGCAGAUUUUACACCGAUUCCAUCACUGGAUUUUCAGUGCAUAGGAUGGCUGUACUCAUGUGCUUGCACUCUCCACAACCGGUCUACUACUACCUAUUCGACUACAUCGGCAACCACAGCCAUUACGAAGACCCUGUCACGAAGAAACCUAUGGGAGUGGCUCACUACGACGAACUUAUCUACUUAUUCUCGUUAAGUAGCUUUCCUGCUAUUACAGUAUCAGACAGCGAAGAUUCCAAAAUGGUGGACAAAAUGACCACAAUGUGGUACAACUUUGCUAACACUGGGAAACCUAAUUUAGUCUUCAUGGACCAGUAUGCGAAACGAAGCCCUUUGUCAUGGCCCGCCAUGAAUAUGAACAACAGAACCUACCUGCGCAUAGGCAAGGAGUUCACGCUGGGCAAGAAACUCUUCGAGAACAGAUUCGAAGUGUGGGAAGACCUCUUUCGGAUUGAAUAUAGAUUCCCGCCUGUUCCUGUUUCACCAGUUAACAAGGGUGCGUGGUGCGAGCUCAGCAUGGCGACUUUUCUUAAUAUGCUCCUAAUUAAAGCCUUGCAUACACUCAGCAGGCAUGUAGGCGGAGGUGUGUAAGAAGAUUUAUAAUAAUAACAAUAUCAGCCCUGUAUCCUUGAGCUUCGCCAUCGGAGGGUCAUUCAUUUUUUUAUAUUUUUAUAUUCAUGUUU